AUGGGUUUCUUCCGCACCCUGAGCCUGAUGGCUACGGCUAUGGCUGUGGUGGUUGCAGAGCCCCAUGCAUCUCGAAACCCACCUACUUCUCCCAGCGUCACCAUCGAGCAGGGGUCCGUCAAGGGCUUUUUCCAGAAUGACACCACCGUCUUUCUAGGAAUCCCCUUUGCCGAGACCACUGCUGGCGAAAACCGCUGGAAGGCUCCUAAGCCCAUCGGCUCGUUCCCAAACGGUCACUUCGAGGCCACUGCCUAUGGACCAUCCUGUGCCCAGGCAAUGUCUGGCACGGCAAUCACCCACCAGAGUGAGGAUUGCCUCAGCCUCAAUAUUUGGACCCCGCAGCAGGGUGCCAAUCUUCCUGUGUUCGUCUAUAUUUACGGCGGUGCCAUGGUCACCGGCGGCAGCAGCAACGCCCAAUGGCAAGGGUACAACUUUGCCCGUAAUGAUGUUAUCUACGUCAACUUCAAUUACCGCGAGAGUAUCUAUGCCUCGCCCAAUGCGCCUGAGCUGCAGGGACAGUCCCAGAACUUUGGAGUCCUGGACGUGGAGUUGGCCAUGGAGUGGAUUUACCAGAACAUUGAGGCUUUCGGUGGUGAUAAGUCGCGCAUCGUGCUGGGUGGCCAUUCAUCCGGUGGAGUCCACGUUGAUCACUAUCUCUGGAAUCACCCCGAUACCUUCCUGGCCGGUGCGGUCGAGAUGUCUGCCAAUGCUGUGUCUGGUCCUGGCUAUGCACCCGCCGGUGUCGCGCUGAAGCAGGUGGUUCAGGAAAUGCUGGAUGCCGGCGUGACUCUGGACUGCACGGCUGAAGACUACACUCUGGACUGCCUGCGCGCAGCAGAUACUUACGCCUUCCAGACGAGCUCCUUUAACUCGACCUUGAACACCUGGUUCUCACCGUCAGUGGACGAGAUUACCCGCUUCUCCAACUACACCGACCGCUUCGUCAAGGGUUACUACCCAACAUCGGUGCCGCUGAUCGUCGGCAACUCCGACCAGGAGGGCAAGAUCUUCGGCUACGUCUACGGCGGCGAGAACACUGACUUUUCGUCCUGGAUCCGCACUUUUGAUGCCGACCUUGCCUUCGUGCCCGCGGACCAGCUUCUGGCGGCCUACAACGAAGCCGACUACGGCUCUGUCUCCCUGAUGAGCGGUGCAUCUUACGGCGACGCGCGCUUCCUCUGCGCGAUCGACGCCCUACUGGACCUGCGCGCCGCGAAGCAACCCACCUGGAUCUACCGCUGGUUCGGCAAAUAUUCGAACGUGCUGCCGAUCCCCAAUCUCGGGCCCUCGCACGGCAGCGAGCAGCUGGCGGACUACAUACACUCCGGGUUUGUCGCGUGGAUUCAGAAGCCCGGCGCUGGGCCUGGCUGGAAGCAGGCCCGGCCUGUUAAUGGUCCCCUGGCGCGCGUGGGUGUGCCUGGGCAUGAGGAGGAGAUCGUGAUGAGCACGACUGGCGCGUAUAACCAACGCUGCCAGAAGGUCUACAAGCCCAACUAUCCUAACUACCCAGUGGUGCAGAACCCUGUGUUGCUGGCUGGAAGUGCCUGA